UUGUAAAUUUUAUGAAAUAUUGUAGUGAGCAAAUCAUGUAUGCACUUCUGGAAAUCAGCCUUUAAAAUCUCUGGUUCAAAUUUUGGUGAUACACUGAUACUUGUGAAGUGCUUGAUUUGAUGCUUAUUUAGUCGGAGAGUCGAGUGCUCCAUGUAUCGACGGCGAUUCAUUCUAGGGUUCCGUCGGGUUUUUGACUUUCUGCAAUGGGAGCAUUAACGAUCAAUCGGAAACGCGGCGAGGAUUAUUUCGCAGUGAAUUACAGAACUCCGGUGCCCAAUUUCGAUCGCGUUUCGAAAAAGCCCAGGCUUUCGCCUUCCGUCGUACGACAAGUUCCUGAUUUGGGCCGACCCGUCUCGGCGAAGUCCAUAGUUUCGAGGCUUUUCCGUUACCCGGAAGUGGUUGCGCCUAUAAAAAGAGAAGUUCACGCUCCUUGCAGACAGAGCAGAUUCGGGUUUUCUGCGAAUUCGAGGAAUUCGUCGAGCAGCGGUGAUUUUAGAGAGAAGUCGGGUAGUGAAAUGGGGAAUAUCUUCGGUAGGCCGAGCAAGAAGGAGAAACCGAGGGGAGUUGAGAGCUCGAGGUUUGGGAAGGAGGUGAUUGAGAUUGAUUGCGAUACUAGGAAAGGGGAUGCUUCUGAUGAUUCGACUGUCGAGGAGAUUGAGGUGGUGGAGAAGGCGAGAAGAGUAUCUCCUCCAAAGGAUGGCCAUGGCGAUGUUGAAAUGUUAGACAAUUUCGAAAAGAAUGAUGUUGGGAGGAAAUUUCAGCCUACACGUUCUUCAGGGUUUGCAGAGUUGAAUGAUGCAGUUAUGAAGGUGGAGACUCCAGUUAAGACACUUGAUUUGGCACCAACCGGCGACGAAUUUGAUAACUUGGGCCUCCCUUUCUACAAGAAGUUGCUUAAUAGUGUCCAUAAGAAACACACAGAUGAUAAUUUCAAACGGCUAAAUUUUCAGAUAGAUUAUCAUGAGAGACGUCGCAAAACAUAUCAGUUGUUGCGGCCACAGAAGAAAUCUGAGGAGUUGAUUGAGGAUGUGAUUCCGGAACCUUUUGUCCCCAAGGAACCUUUUAUCCCACUUACUGAGAAGGAAGAGGCUGAAGUGGCUAGUGCCUUUUCUCAUUCAAAUCGGGGGAGAGUUUUGGUAACUCAUAAGAACUCUAAUAUUGAUAUUACUGGAAAGGUGUUGCAGUGUUUGGGACCAGGGAAAUGGCUCAAUGAUGAGGUUAUUAAUGUGUAUCUAGAGUUGUUAAAAGAGAGAGAGAAAAGGGAACCCCAAAAGUUCCUGAAGUGUCAUUUCUUUAACACAUUCUUCUACAAGAAGUUAAAUGGGAGUACUGGCUACAAUUAUCAAUCUGUGCGAAGAUGGACUUCUCACCGGAAAUUAGGAUACUGCCUAUUUGAAUGUGACAAAAUUUUUGUCCCCAUUCACAAAGAAAUACAUUGGUGUUUAGCUGUCAUUAACAAGAAGGAUGAAAAGUUCCAGUAUCUUGAUUCUCUAAGGGGAAGAGAUUCUAAAGUUCUGAAAGUAUUGGCUAGGUACUAUGCUGAUGAAGUGAAGGACAAGAGUGGUGAAGUCAUUGAUGUUAGUUCAUGGGAACAAGAAUUUGUUGAAGACCUUCCUGAGCAAGAAAAUGGGUUUGACUGUGGAGUGUUCAUGAUUAAGUAUGCUGAUUUCUACAGCAGAAAUAUUGGGCUCUGUUUUAACCAGGAACACAUGCAGUAUUUUCGGUUGAGGACUGCAAAGGAGAUUUUGAGGUUGAAAGCAGAGUGAUCAAGCUUGAAGAUGCUCUCCCGCGUUCUAAUUACCGAUAAUGAAUCUUACAAAACAAUCAGUGGAUAAUUGAUUAGUGUGCAGAUAUGAUAUGGUGUUUCUUCUCUCCAUUCAAAAUUCCGUUACGUACUAUAAUAGCUCUAGCCAGUGGAUGCCAGUUUUGCAGUUACUUUUGAUUGAGUGAGGUGUAUUGUUUUGUUUGUAAAAACCUGGUAAGCCAUGGUUUGUAGGGGGGCCUUUGCCUUGUACAUGAAUUUCUAGGGAUCCUAUCCUAGUGUUGAUGGUUAGCUUUUUCUUCCUACAGAAUUUUGCCUCUAUUUAGGCACAAGUCUAUAUGCCUUGUGAAGAUUAAAUCUGAUUGCUGCUUUGUCCUUAGUUUUCUGAGUAAAUGAGGAUUGUUUCUUGUAAA